AUGAACAAAACACUCUUGGAGCGUGCUAGAAGUAUGUUAUCUCAAGCAGGUAUAUCAAAGGACUUUUGGGCAGAAGUUGUUAACACAACUUGCUACAUGGUUAACAGAUCUCCAUGUACAGCCAUUGAGUUAAAAACUUCUAAAGAAGUAUGGUCUAGUUCUCUUACUGAUUAUUCUCACCUCAGAAUUUUUAGUUGCCCCGUUUAUAUUCAUGUCACUGGUGACAAGUUGGAGCUAAGGGCGACACAACGUGUAAAGUGGUAUUAG